AUGGCGACUCAAGACGAAGAGCGCAAGGCUUCUACAGCCUCAGCACCGAAUUACGGUCUAACAAGCGAGGAUGAUGCCGCAGUUUUGGCAAAACUUGGGUACAAGCAAGAGUUGCGGCGGAACUUCACUAUGAUCGAAGUCUUCGGCAUUGCCUUCAGUAUAAUGGGACUCUUACCAUCCAUUGCUUCGACACUGUCAUACUCUAUUCCCGCUGGUCCUGUGGGAAUGGUUUGGGGAUGGUUCCUGUCGUCAGGCUUCAUCUUCAUUGUUGGACUCGCUAUGGCUGAUCUUGGCUCUGCCAUGCCUACAUCCGGAGGCUUAUACUGGUGGACGCAUUUCUUUUCUUCAGCCAAGACACGUAAUCCACUCUGCUUCUUAGUCGGCUACAGCAACACGUUGGGUCUCGUAGGUGGCUUAUGCUCGAUUGACUAUGCAUUUGCCCUCAUGUUCCUCUCGGUCAUCGUAGUCGCCCGCGACGGCAAUUGGACCCCAUCCAAUGGAGUCAUCUACGCCACGUUCCUGGCUUGUGUUUGCUGCCACGGAAUCCUUGCUUCAACAAUGUCUAGGAUCAUGGGCAAGCUGCAGACAGUCUUCGUGUUCGCGAAUUUCAUCUUGAUCUUCGCAACCAUAAUAGCCCUGCCCAUAGGAGCACGGCACAACCGUAAUGAUGGUCAUUAUAUAUUCGCACAGACAGAAAACUCAACGACAUGGCCGACCGGAUGGGCCUUCAUGCUAGCUUGGCUUAGUCCUAUAUGGACUAUAGGAGGCUUCGACUCCUGUGUACACAUGUCAGAGGAGGCAGCUAACGCGACCAAGGCUGUUCCAUUUGGCAUACUCAUGUCCAUUGCGUCGUGCUGGUUCUUUGGCUUCAUCAUCGUUAUCGUGCUUGCUGCAUGCAUCAACCCCGAUCUGAGCUCAGUCACUGGAUCGAAGUUUGGCCAGCCAAUGGCGCAGAUUUACUUUGACGCCAUAGGCAAACACGGCACUCUAGGCCUGAUGUCGCUCCUCUUCAUUGUCCAAUUCCUUAUGGGCCUCUCCAUCCUCGUAGCGGCCUCCCGUCAAGCCUGGGCCUUUUCCCGCGAUGGUGCUCUCCCAUUCUCCCGCUUCUUUCGUCCCAUCUCGCAAAAGUUCGGUUACAUCCCUCUUCGCACGAUCUGGGGAUCGGUCUUCUUAGCAGCCAUCUUAGGUCUGUUAUCACUCAUCGCGCCAGCGGCUGCCCAGGCGCUGUUCUCGCUGGCGGUGGCGGGAAACAAUUUGGCUUGGGGGAUACCUAUUUUUGCCAGGGUGGUUUGGGGCCAGAAGAAAUUCAAGCCGGGACCUUUCUACACAGGGGACAGGUUCUCAGUUCCGAUUGCUUGGGUGGCUAUUACGUUCUUGGUCUUCGGGACGCUGUUGUCCAUGUUUCCAGUUGAAGGCCCGGAUCCUACUCCCCAAAACAUGAAUUACACUGUCGUCAUCAACUCCGCCGUUUGGUUCGGCGCCUUGGCCUACUACUACAUCGACGCUCGGAAAUGGUUCACGGGACCGAAGAUCACCAUUGAUACAGACGACUUGACAGAGGCGCAGCAGCAGGCCAUCGCAGAAGACGGGCUCGAGAUCAAGGGGCUUGACGAUGCGGUCCACGCGAAGGUGAGUGUGGACGGCAGCGGCAGCGGCAGCGGGAGUGGGAGUGGGAGCGAUGUCAAAGCGGUGUGA